UUGCCGUCAAUAACGUUCCACGUUUUGCCGGGUCAUUUGCUGCUCUUCUUCUCCAGAAUUCGCUUGCUUCAAGCCCUUUUCAUCGGAUCUUUGUGGAAUUAGGAUGUUUCAAUAUGCUGUUGAUAAAAUUGAUAUUCGACAGCCUUCAAUGCAACCUAAUCUUUCGUGGCAGUCUGCUGGUGGCUCCAAACACUGUCACUUCGUCCUCCCUUUUACUAAACUGAUGUUUGAUAUCACAAGGCUGAGAAGCCCAAGCUGCUGACGCGAAAGAACUCAUCAUCAAGCAAUUAAACUCUAUCGAUCUUCGCGCUUUGCUAAUCCGACGCAAGUUAUUUAUAGGAUCAAUCCACGCAGUUACAGAUCGAAAGUCAAUAUGUGAAUAUUAUCUAAUUUAGUGACUGUAUCUUUUGUGCUUUGACUAAUCGGCUCAAUUUUUUUCUUCGUUUUGUAGACAAAUCAAACUAUGGCGUUCAAUCCACAGCAAAAGUACAAACCCGGCCUGCAUUCAGUCGCUUAUGUGACCACCCCCAAUGAGGAGUCUGCGCUGAAGUUGUCCCGGAAGUUGAUCGAGCGGAAAUUGGCUGCCUGUGUCAAUAUCGUCCCGAGGGUUGUUUCGAUCUACGAGUGGGAAGGCAAAAUCAAGGAACACCACGAGAUUUUACUGGUGAUCAAAACUCGAAGUGCCAGGGUGGAUGAGUUGUGUCAGUUUGUGCGGGAGAAUCAUCCUUACAGUGUGGCGGAAGUGGUCGCGUUGUCGAUCGAGAAUGGAAAUCCGGCUUAUUUGACGUGGCUGAGCAAGGCGGUUCCGGAAGGGAAGCAUUGAGGAUGGAUUCACAGGAUUAUAACAAGACAUAAUAAUAAAUUGCCACUUCAACAAAA